AAAAAUGAAAAAAAGGAUGUUGCGGUGAGCGUGGAGCGACCUUCAGAUCUUCAGUCUGACGCUCUCCCAACUGAGCUAUCCCCGCAUACGUCUUCGUUAGGUGAUAGCAUCUUAUCUAUCUGGUGACAUUACUUUUCAGAGUCACCAGAUUUCAAUAACAACACUUAACAAAGACAUUACAGGAAAGUUUAUGAUUUUGAAUGGCGAACCCUAGAAGAACUUCACUGUCAAAUUUCAAUUCAAACAGCAAUAAUCCAACUCUAUCUAUAGAAAACCCAUCACAACAAACACAGUCUCUUUCUCUUUCCUCUAUUAUCAUCUUCUUUAAAAGACCUCAUGCUUUUCCCAUUCUUCUUUCCAUUUUUCUCUUACUUACUUGGGUUUCCUUAAGAUUACAACACUUUCACCAUUACUAUUCUCCUCAGCAGCAACAACAAACUCAAGAUACUCAGAAAUGGAGUAGAGGUGGUGAAGAUGACAAGGCUAACCUAGUGAGAUUCAGCUCUGAUUUUCCUUCGAAGAUCACUAAGGAUAAGAGAGGAUGGAUGCUUGAGCCUGUUUCUAUUGCUCGGGCUGUUGGACUUCCAGGGGGAGCGGUAUCAUGCAGUUCGGUGCAUGUUGGUGAGAUUCGACCCGGAGGUAUGAGGGGUAAUCACAGGCACUAUACUUGCAAUGAGACAUUUGUCAUUUGGGGUGGUGAAGUAAAAUACCGGCUGGAGAAUCAUAUGAUGGAUGAAGGUUAUGCUGAAGUCACAGUUGGUGCAGACGAGGUUGCUGUUGCUACCAGCCCAAGUGGAACAGCCCAUGCUUUGGUGAAUGUGGACCCGGUAAGAACUGCAUUCUUGUUGGGGUGCCAAGACAGUACUGUAACCUAUAAUAGCUCCUCCAACGAUUUUAACGUGUGGAAAGAUCUUUCAUAAAUCUGUCUGAUUUGUCCAUGGAUUUGAGACGGUCAUAACCCAUGUUUAGCAUCACGAUGAGUCCGUGACUUGCUGAUUCUUUUGGCAUCAGUAACAUCACUUUUGCUGGUGAAAACAAUGUUUCAGUUUAAUGUAAAUAUAUCACAGUUGCUGCCACAAAAUCGACCGUCCGUCUAGUGCACUAAUCCAUGUAAGUUUUCAAAUUCUUUCUCUUGCUUGCUGUUGGUCGUCAUCUGUGAGUCCAAUCAGUGAAUUAUGUAAAGGAGCACACUAGUUGGAUGAAGCGAACACAAUAUAUUGAAUAAACUUUUGGAAAAUUAAAAGCA